CAGUGAUCUCUGUGGAUACCUGACCCCCACGGAGCUUUGUUUAUGUACAGCUCAUGUUAGUUUACAGGGGAGGGAUGUUUCCUGGAAAUGCCCUGGGAUCAUUGGGCCUCCCUCCAGCCUCCCCUGCCACAGCUCCCCCCCAGCCCCACUGCACUGGAGGCGAGGCUGAGCUCAGCUCACACCCAGCUUCAGUGAUCAGUGAACAGGCCAGGGCUGGUUGGGGGGAUCCCGGUACCAAGCGCACCGUAUAACAGCAUGGCCCUACUGUGCAGGAUUUGGGCUUGUCUGCUGGCUUCGUUUGUCCUCCAUCAGGACAUCUUCUGCGAGGAUCGCACAUUUUUGUCUCAACAGCAUGCGUCCAAAUUCCUCAUGAGGAAGCGUCGAGCAAAUUCGUUUUUUGAAGAAAGUAAAGCAGGGAACCUUGAAAGAGAAUGUGUUGAGGAACUGUGCAAUAAAGAAGAGGCCCGGGAAAUAUUCGAAAAUGUUCCCGAAACAGAAUAUUUUUACCCAAGGUACUUAGCGUGCCUUGGUGCGCAUCGCACUGGGAUGUCUGGCAAACUUAGCUAUUUGAAUUUUGAUGGCCCUGCUGAUCUGAGGAGUUGCAUUAAUGCCCUGCCAGAUCAGUGCAGUCCACUCCCGUGUAAUAAAGACGGAUACCAAGAAUGCGUAGACGAGAAGGGCACAUUCAAAUGCAUCUGUAAACCGGGAUGGUCUGGUGAACUUUGCGACAUAGACAUCAAUGAAUGUGAUGAUCCGGAUAACGUGAACGGCGGAUGCAGCCAGCGAUGUGUGAAUUUGCAUGGAAGCUAUCGAUGUGCUUGUGAAGAUGGUUAUUACUUGCUUGCUAACAAACUGACCUGCAAUGACAGAAAUGAAUGUGAAUUCAAUCCAAACAUCUGCGGGAGCGCACAGUGUAGAAACACCCCGGGGAAGUAUGAAUGUGAGUGUGACAAUGGCUACCGAUAUAAUUCAUCCUCCAAGGCUUGUGAAGAUAUAGAUGAAUGUGUUGAGGAUAUGUGCAGCCAAGUCUGCGUUAACCGUCCCGGGAGUUACGCUUGUUAUUGUGACGGAAGAAAGAAACUGAAGCUCGCUGAAGACAAGAGAACUUGUGAAAUCAUCUCUGUGUGUAUGCCACUGAAUCUUGAGACAAACUAUGAGCUGCUAUACUUGGCUGAACAAUUCGCAGGUAUUCCGGUUGUAUAUCUGAGGUUUAAACUCCCAGAUGUAACAAGGUUUUCUGCUGAAUUUGACUUCCGGACAUAUGAUGCAGAGGGAAUCAUUUUAUAUGCAGAGUCUCCCGAUAGCUCGUCUUGGUUACUGUUAGCUCUUCGAGAUGGGAAGAUCGAAAUACAAUUCAAGAAUGAAUUAUGGACAAAGGUUACAUCUGGUGGCAAGUCCAUUAAUAAUGGAGAAUGGCAUAUAAUCUCCGUGGAAGAGUUUGAAAACAGCAUCAGUGUGAAAAUAGCAAAAGAAGCAGUUAUGAAUAUCAACAGCCCCAAAAUGCUCUUCAAACCCAUCAAUGGAAUUUUGGAAACCAAAGUCUAUAUUGCAGGAUUGCCACGGAAAGUGGAAAAUCUAAUAAAACCGAUUAAUCCACGAUUAGAUGGAUGUAUCCGUGGAUGGAACCUGAUGAAUCAAGGAGCGUUGGGCGUAAAGGAAGUGAUCCAGGAAAAACAGAGUAAGCAUUGCCUGGUGUCCGUAGAAAAGGGCUCUUAUUAUCCUGGCGGAGGAUUGGCACAAUUUCUCGUGAACUACACAGAUAAUACCGGAUCUGUUGACUGGUUAGUAAACGUUACCCUGAACAUUCGGUCGUCGACAGGAACUGGUGUUAUGUUUGCUCUGGUUGCUGGUGAGACUGUUCCCCUGGCCUUAGCUAUUGAAGACAUCUCAUCUGAGAUAGUACAGGAUAUCGUGGUCAGUAUACAUAGUAUUACCCUGGCUCGAGUGACAACAAAAAGAAUUUGUACUGCCAAAAACCUUCAAGUUAAUUUGCUGGUCACAAAAACAAAACUGGAAUUUAUAGCUGAUUCAUAUACUGAAAUCUCAUAUUCUCCCAAAGAGGAUCUGGAUAAACACCUUUCUGUUUUGGACCAAGCAAUGAAGGGACACGUUGAUACAUAUUUAGGAGGAAUACCAGACGUUCCACUCCCUGCUACUCCCAUCUCUGCAUUCUUUGUCGGCUGCAUGGACGUGACCAUAAAUCAUACUUUGCUGGAUUUAGACGAAGCCGUUUCCAAGCAAAAUGAUAUUCGCUCACAUUCAUGUCCUCUUGUUGCAUAGUUCUAAAGUAUUUUUUAAUGUUAUGGGAGAUUUUGCCCCUGAUUUUAUUUUAAUAGCCGCAACUACUACUGAAUAACCUCUUGAGUGACAUGUGCCAGGAAAUGUGUGUCUGUGAAAAUCAAGUGCCUUCAUUAAACUGUUUAUAUUUUAGGCUUUAGAAACAAGCACUUUUUUACAUUUACAUUUUGCAUUCCUUUUUAAAAUAAAUUUAAGGAAAACACAUUUUGCCGUAUAUGUUUAAAUGCCGAUAUGGGUUCAUUAGUGUUUUUGUUUCACUCUUUGUAUAUAUUAGAACAUAUUAGACAAAAAAAUUUAGUUUUCUUAAUGGUGACGCCAAAUGGGUAAGAGUUGAAAACUGAAAAGUAUUCAUUGAAAAUAUUUUAUGUACUUUUUUGUUAUAUACUGAAGCAACUUUAGAGACAUAUAUCUUGCACAGUCCAAAUAAAGUUGUUGGCUGUUUCAAUAAAAAUGCAAAAACAAUAAAA